AUGCUGAAAAAUCAGGAUCAAAGCCAUCCGGUUAAUAAAUUGUCAAAUAGCGAUGCUACCGACGAUGUACCAACUAACGAAACUAACAGUAAAGACAAAGACAAAGACAAAAAUAAAAAUCAAGUUAUAGAUAAAAAUAACGAUAAUGAAAAACAGCAAAUUGAUGAUCAGGGAACAACAGAAAGUGAAGUUGAUAAGCCGAAUGAUAAACGAAAAAAUACAAGGCAUCCGGUGACAUCUAAAAGGACCUCUCGCCAUCUGCAAACGCAAGAAGACCGCUUGCGUGUAAUUGAGACAGCGGAACUGCUGGGAGGGGAUGAGGAAGGCUCAGAGGAAGAUGAAAACGAAGCUCCGGGUGGCAAGAGAAAAGCGCCAACACCAGAGGAACGCGCGCCAAAGCGGUCAAAGAUUGCAGCUUUGGAGGAGAGAAUGGAGAAUAUGUUCCAGGUUAUAUUGGAUAAGAUUGAGAGCAAAAUAUACAGGUGGAGUCCAGUGAAUCAGAAUCAGAGGGAUCGGUUAGCCAGGAGGAGAUAG